AAUAAGAAGUGGUAAAUACAUACGGUUUAAACAAUUAAUUAAUUAUAACAUGUAAAUUAUAAAAUUAUUGUAUUUGAAAUAGUUAUAUAAAUAUUUAAAUAUAUGAUUAACAUUAAAAAUAUAUACCACUUAUGUUCUAAAACAAUAAUUUAUGUAUAGAAAAGUGAAAACAAACACCCGUGCGGUUGCACGGGUCAAAAUCUAGUAUGUCUUAAAAACAAAGAUUUGGUAGCCGGUCUUUAAAUAUACAGAUCAAAGAUGAGUUGACCAAGAAAAUAGCAAAUAACAACAAAUCGCGGGCCCAGGCCGGUCCACGUCUCUAAUACUUUUAUUUCUUUGAAUUUUUUCGUAUCAGUUUCCAGUUUCAUGCAACCUCUAGAUUUCGUAUCAGUUUUGGUGGACUAUAUUUUCUGCCUAAUCUAAUCUUUUUUUGUGCUUUAUCUAAUCUACUCGUCGUUGAAUAGUGACGGACGCCAUUUUUUAUACUCCUACUAGUAUAUAACAAGAAGCCCAUAGCAUAACGCAUUAUGCGACUAUCUAGUGUUGUCUCAUAUGACAUGCUAGAGAGUUUCAUAAUAAGAUCUUUAAGAGCAUUGACUUGAGAUGCAAGAAAGAAAUUAUUCUGUUUAAUCAUCCGUUUUUCUUGGUCCGUUUUUGUUUCCCGUUAAAAUCUUCACUUAGGGAGGGGAGGAAUCUGUGCAUAGUGUAAGCUUUGAAGUAAAUGACUAUGACUUCUGACACAGAAGAAGAGAACAGCAGCGACAUAACCGCCCACAAUCCGGUGAUGGAAAACGUUGGAGGUGCGGUCGGGUCCAGCGUAAGGGAGAAUCCGGAGACGAGACAGAACGGCCUUAUGAACGAGAUCAAGCGCUUUGCAGGGAAGCCAGCUCGGUUGGACCGAUCGAAGUCAACGACCGGUCAGGCCUUGAGAGGGCUCAAGUUCAUCAGUAAGGCUGAUGGUGCAGAUGGCUGGACCGCCGUGGAGGAGAGGUUUGAAACGAUCACGAAAACUACUGAGGGAUUGCUGAUUAGGUCCAAGUUCGGUGAAUGCAUAGGGAUGAAGUCAAAGGACUUUGCCUUGGUAUUGUUUGACGCAUUAGCUAGAAGAAAGCAUAUGACAGGGGAUGUGAUUGAUAAGGAGAUGUUAAAGGAAUUCUGGGAACAAAUAAGUGAUCAAAAUUUUGAUUCCAGGCUUAUGAUAUUCUUUGACAUGAUGGAUAAAGAUGGCGAUGGUAGAUUAACCGAAGACGAAGUUAGACAGAUCAUCAAUCUUAGUUCGUCUACCAACAAUCUGUCAGCCAUCCAGAAAAGGUCAGCUGGAUAUGCAGCAAUGAUAAUGGAAGAGCUUGACCCACAUAAAACAGGAUAUAUCAUGGUAGACAACCUUAAAAUUUUGCUUAUGCAAGCAGAAACACUACCUGAAAUCACAAAUAGUGAAGAAAGAAGGCAGCCGGUUGAAAAGAUAACUAAGAAGUUUAAUGAUACGCCUUAUCCUAGCCCGUCGAGGACAAUGUACCGUCGACUGCGAUUCUUUGUUCUAGAUAGCUGGCAGAGAAUUUGGGUGAUAGCGCUAUGGCUCACUAUUACUGCCAUCCUCUUCACAUACAAAUAUAUUCAAUACAAAAAUAGAGCAGUCUAUGAAGUGUUGGGCCACUGCGUGUGCUUUGCUAAAGGUUCAGCAGAAACGUUGAAGCUGAAUAUGGCGUUGGUUCUGUUACCUGUAUGCAGAAAUACCAUCACAUGGCUUAGAAAUAAGACUAGGUUUGGUGUUUUAGUCCCUUUUGAUGACAACAUCAACUUUCAUAAGGUUAUAGCAGUGGGAAUUACGAUAGGAGUAGGCAUACACUCGAUCGCUCACUUGGCUUGCGAUUUUCCACGGCUGAUCGCAGCAACUCCAGAGGAAUACAAGCCUUUAGGAAAGUACUUUGGAGAGGAGCAACCCAAGAGAUACUCACAUUUUGUGAAGUCAACAGAAGGUAUAACAGGACUCCUAAUGGUUCUCUUGAUGGCAAUUGCUUUUACACUAGCGCUGCCUUGGUUUAGACGAGGGAAGCUAGAGAAAAAGCUUCCAAAGCCACUAAAAAAACUCGCUAGCUUCAAUGCCUUCUGGUACACUCAUCACUUGUUCAUUGUAGUCUACAUUCUCCUUAUUGUCCACGGAUACUACCUGUAUCUCACUAAAGAAUGGUACAAGAAAACGACGUGGAUGUAUUUAGCAGUGCCAAUAGCUCUAUAUGCAUGCGAGAGACUGAUACGAGCAUUCAGAUCCAGCAUCAGGAUGGUAAAAGUUGUUAACGCUGCGGUUUAUCCUGGAAACGUAUUGACUUUGAAAAUGUCAAGGCCUAAACACUUCAAAUACAAAAGCGGUCAAUACAUGUUUGUAAACUGCCCAAAAGUCUCACCAUUUGAGUGGCAUCCAUUUUCAAUAACUUCUGCACCACAUGACGGCUAUCUGAGCGUGCAUAUAAAAUCAGUAGGAGAUUGGACAAAUGCUAUUAAAGAAGUUUUCUCUGAGGUCUUACUUACUUCCAAAUCACUCAAAAUUAGAUAUUCUAUGCUCUUAUUUCAGAUGUCUAAACCACCUCCGGUUAGAGAUACGUCGCAUGGUGCAAAUAAUCCCGAUUACCCCAAAAUCAUGAUUGAUGGUCCAUAUGGCACCUCAGCACAAGACUACAAGAAGUACGAUGUGAUUCUACUGAUCGGUCUUGGGAUUGGUGCCACUCGAAUGAUCAGCAUUAUCAAGGACAUUGUCAACAAUAUGUAUGCCAUGGAAAAUGCUCAACUUCGCCAAAUGGAGAAUGGAUUGAAACACGUGCCACAAGAUAAGACAGAAAAUUUCAAGACGAAAAGAGCUUACUUCUACUGGGUAACGAGGGAGCAGGGCCCGUAUGAUUGGUUCAUGGACAUCAUGAACGAAAUCGCAGCACGGGAUGUUAACAAAAUCAUAGAACUACAUAACUAUUGCACUAAUGUAUUCGAAGAAGAUGACGGCGCCCGCUCCGCGCUCAUACGUAUGCUUCAGUCUAUAGCUUAUGCCAAGAGUGGUAAGGACAUUGUCUCUGAGACAAGGGUCAUGUCUCACUUCGCCAGACCUAACUUGGAACACGUCUAUAGAAAGGUAGCCAUGGAUCAUCCAGCUGGUACUAAUGUUGGAGUUUUCUAUUGUGGAACACCAUUAUUGGCAAAGGAGCUAAGGCGUCUCGCUUUGAAAUUUACACACAAGACGAAGAUUAGAUUCUCCUUCCACAAUGAGAACUUGUAAUUAAUGACACUGAAGGUUAUACCCACAAUGCUGAUUAAGCAUGAUGAGCAAAAAGAAAGUGUAAUAUUAUUAGUGGAGACUGGAAAGCAAGUGUGUUACGUUUGUUGUUUAAAAUUUGAAUUUGUGUGGUUGUUUUUUCUUCUUUUCUGAGUAUAAAACGUGUGUGGUGUGAUUUGGUGAAGAACGAAAUGUGUAUUUAAGAGCUUUAUUGUCUAAUUAAAAUAUCUAAUAUUUUAAACUAAAAUGUUAAACUAGUCAUCUCUAUUUAGUUUGUGUACUUUUUCUUGGACAAAUACAACCAAUAAUCUUUUUGUCAUUUGAAAAAGAGAAUAAAAACUACACAAAAAUACUAUUGCAUCUUUUUUUUUUGUCAAAAUAUGAAAUUCAAUAACAUUUUGGGUAAAAUGAAAUUCAAUAUUUAGUAAGAGGUGAUGAAUGUUUCACAACUCAUAAGUCCAGAGUAUCUUGGUAUGGAGAAUUUUCAUCUGAUUUUUAGUUUUCGGUUCUGGCUUCUUGCAGCUCAUCUUUCUGACUUUCUGGUGUGGGACCAAAGCAAGGUCCUUACGAGUUUAAGCCGGCAAUGUCAUCGUCAAGCGCCAACAACAAUGUGUUCUCUCCUUUGAAUAUAUUUCCUCAAUCUACCCUUGAUAAACCAAUUAAAGGAUCCUUCAUCUUGCAGGAGUAGGUAGAUGUUUUGCCCGCUUCCGUGUAAUCUUUCUCUGUAAUUCUCUACUGUCAUGGCAAGCAAAAUUCACUUGCGUAUCAUUAGUAAGUCUAAAUGAGACAGUCCAACAUUUGUUUAAGACCUUCAAUAUGAUUGCAGCAAAUCUUCUGUAGAGUUUUGAGCCUGCAGUAAAGUUACAUAUUACAUUGAUUACAAUAAACAGCGAAAGAACUAUGAACUGGCCCUGAAGAAGGGCAUGCUUGAAGAAACCACCUUCGGAAUGCAGGAAGAGUUAUGAUAAUCUUGUCGGCCGCUAUUGCAUUGAUGGUAUAGUUCUUAUUCAUCAGUAAAGAAUCAUCAGCAUAUGAACAAGAAUGACCUACAUGGGAACAGCUUCGAUGAGCCUGGAAAAGUAGAACUAGGUGGUAAUGAGUCCUCUCUUGGACUCUUGCUGAUUCUACAGCCAACCUUACGCAAUGCUCUUUCUACAUCCGCCUCCGCGUGUAGAUAAGCCCUUGUAGCCUUUGAAGGACCUG